CAUGUAAGUAAUCCUGUUUUGAUUUUCUGUUGAUUUCCCAUUGUUGUUUCGUAUCUUAUUGAGUUUAUUAUUGUAUUCUUAACAAUGUAGUAAAAAUUAAGUAAAUGUUAAAGUCUGCGAGUUGAUGACCGCAGCGACUAGCGAGAGAUAAGAGUUUUAUCUGGAUGGUUGCGCGUUUGCCGCUGGGAUCGAUGAAAUGGCCGCGUACGCGAAAGGAGACUUGGUUUUUCGGAGUAGACCCUUUGUUUACACGCUGAAGCCUGAGCUGCUGGACUGUCUUUGUUAUCGUUGUCUGAAGCCACUUCCAUCAAUUCGAGGCAACAUAAAUGAACAGGAUAAGGAGAAUCAUGCUAUCCUUGAAGGUGAACCGGACAGAUGGCCGGUUGUCGCAAACAGUAAACGCGCGCACGAGAAUACCGAAUCAGCUGAUGAACACCUUUGCGAAGCCAACCGCGACGUUCCCUGUCCGCACUGCCACAUUCCUUUGUACUGUUCCCCGGAAUGCCGAGAAUUGGAUUGGUUUGGCGAAACUCCGACAGCGACGGAUGCUGAAAAGACUGAAGAACCACUUGUUGCACGAACAGGUCGCCAUCGUUUGGAAUGCUCAUACUUGCGGCGCUUACGCAAUCGCGAGGAGGCGCGGAAGGCAGCCUGUGACUUCUUUCUCAUGUUGGGAGUGGUUCUGAAAUUACGAAGUGGGCAGAAUACCGAUGUGGAUGGCGAUUGUGAUCCCAUGCCGGAAAAGCGACGGGUUUUCUCGUCGUUGCUCACACACAGUGGGAAGAUGGAUGAAGAUCGACUGGAGUGUUUGAAGCGAAUUACGAAGCUCUUCGUCGACAUCUUUCCACCGGAAGAUCUCCCCAGCGACGCAGAAUUGCUGGAGAUCUUUGGCGCUCUGCAGAUCAAUUGCUUCGGUAUUCGGGAUGGUGCAUUUACGGGGAUUGGGGAAGGGCUCUACUUGCAACCUUCCAUCAUUGACCACAGUUGCCAAAGGAAUGCCGUAUUCUAUUUCGAUGGGACAACCAUUUAUAUUCAAGCUUUGGAAGACAUUCCCGAUAUUUCUCAAGUCAGAAUUUCGUAUACAGAGCUGUUUGCUCCGAUUUCCGCGCGACAGUCCCGCUUCAAGAAUGGAUAUCAUUUUCGGUGCCAGUGUCAGUUGUGUUCCAAUACCAAACAGAAUGCUGAACUGUAUCCAGUUAUGUGCAACAUAAACGAUUGUACGGCUUCCAUUCCAUUAGACGAUCGGCUGAAGGAACCGUGCCCCCAUUGCAGACAGGUAAUGUCGGAGGAAGAAGCCGACGAUCGGCUGACGUCGGUCCAGCGGAUGAUUCGCCGCUACUUGGAAGGGCUCGAAGAAAUAGACGAACGAAUGGAGUUGUUUGGCCGUAGUGCACUAAAUCCGGCGGAUAUUCAAUGGUCAGUGGAAGAUAAUUUGCAAGACUGUCGUGUCAUCAUUCGGAAAUGCGAGAAAGAACUGCACACACGGAAUAUGCUGCUGGGAAUGGCUUAUGACCGUGAGGGAAGACUAUUACUCAAUAGAAAACCAAGAAAUUAUGAGGAUGCAUUUCAUGCUUUGAAGCGAAGCAUUCCAGCAUUACGGAAUUAUUUUGGUGAAAAGCGCAGCGAUCCCAGAGUGGCGGUGCAGUUGAUGCUGGUGGGGAUGUUGGCAUUCCUUCUGGGAAGUAAAUGGAAAACCGAUUGCAUCCUGUUUUUGGACGAAGCCAGGCAUAUGCUGCUGGAAUGCGACGGCAGUGGAGAAAUCGGAAAAAAGAGCCUCCUGGCCGAGGUGUGUAGCCUACUAUUGAAAACUGCAGAAUCUGAUGGGAUCAGCGAUGAUACGAGUGAACCUGCUAAAGAAAUCCGGAAUUUUAAAGUCUUGCAUGUUAGUAAAAUGCUUAAAAACUGGUCGGCUUGUACGGGUGAUGCAGAUGAGGUGAAGUUGUUUACCGAGAGAAUGGUAUUAGUGAUGGGUGACUUGGAGCAGAUUGCGCAUCCGAGGUGGUUUUUGUUGUGAUCUGUCCAGUUUAAUAGUCCGGUUAGAAACUUGAUAAUAUUUCUGACUGCUGUGUACUCAGUCGCAUAUAUUUCAGUAACACGAAACAAGUUAACACAGUUCAAAAGUGCCACCUGCUACUGGGUAAAGAAGCACAUUUCCUUUCAGCCGUAAAAUCUGAACACGUUGCGCCGAUUCUACUUUUAGUAAUUACAAGUUCUUCAGCGUUUUAUACAUGGUAUCCAGUCCCACAGAAAUUCCACGCACAGAAAGCCCAAAACUAAUUAUAUAAGAGUAGCCAGUUUAAACUUCUUUGGCAGAGGAUUGGGAAUAAUGUGGAUAUGCUUCUUAAAAAUCAAAUGUCCUUUCCGUCC